AAGUUUGUUUUAGGUUAUGGAGGGAACAACAUAAAAACAUUGCAUGGAAUCGUCAAGGCUCUAAACUAUUUUUUAUAUAUUUAUUUUAAAUUUCUUUAAAAUUCCAACUUCCCUGUAUAUGUAUAUAAAUCAAUAAUGAGUUCUUCUCCAUCUAGUAGCAGAGAAAUUAAAGCGAUUUCAAAAAAUGACGUACAUAGGAUCUGCUCAGGACAGGUUGUAUUAAAUCUUGCCACAGCUGUGAAAGAACUUGUUGAGAAUAGUUUGGAUGCAGGCGCUACUUCCGUUGAUGUUCUAGUUAAAGAUUAUGGCAGUGAAUUGGUGCAAGUAGCAGACAACGGUUGCGGCGUUUUGCCUGAGAACUUUCAGGCCCUCACUUUGAAACAUCACACUUCGAAACUGCAGGACUUUUCGGAUCUGAUGAGUAUAGACACGUUUGGAUUUCGAGGCGAGGCGCUCAGUUCUCUAUGUGCCUUGAGCAGUCUGUCAAUUGUGACUCGCCACAAAUCGUUGCCAUGUGCCACCAAUUUGGCCUUCGAUGGUAACGGCAUUAUCACAUCGACUACCCAAACGGCUAGACAGGUUGGCACAACUGUAAUGCUGAAAAACAUUUUCUCAUCACUGCCUGUCAGACAGAAAGAAUUUCAGCGCAAUUUGAAGCGAGAAUUUUCAAAAAUGUGUCAGCUAUUAACCGCUUAUUGCCUGGUGUCCACUGGAAUCAAAAUAACAUGUAUAAAUGAAACAAAGAAAGGAAGCCGACAGACAAUUUUAGCAACUCAAGGCUCGAAGACUGUCAGAGACAAUAUUGCAUGUGUCUUCACUACAAAACAAUUAUUGAACCUUCUACCAGUUAAUGAAGUGGAUCUCCAGCCGGAAACGCUGGAAGAAUUGAAAAUGACUCUAGAAGAUUCCAAGGUGUUCAGGCUGGAAGGAUUCAUCUCUUCCUGUGCUCAUGGUGCUGGGAGGUCGAGUGCUGAUAGGCAAUUCUAUUUCAUCAAUUCACGACCUUGUGAACCAACCAAGAUAAUUCGAACUGUGAAUCAGAUUUACCAUCAGUUCAACGCCAAUCAAUCGCCGUUCGUGUUCUUGAAUGUGAUUGUCGCCAGAAAUUGUGUUGAUGUCAAUGUGACUCCCGACAAGCGCCAAAUAUUUCUCGAUAAUGAAAAAUUGUUGCUUGCUGUAAUCAAGGAAACACUUUUGAAACUGUUUGAAAGUAUACCGUCCACGUUCAAAAUCAACAAUGUGCCUUCAAGUAUUACCGGCUCAACUAAUGCCAAGCUGUCAAGUUUGUGGAGUUUCAAGGAGAAACAAGCAAUUGAAUAUCCAGAAUCAUGCAGCAAUUCACCUACUGAUCAUGAUAGAUUGUCAAAAUCAAGAUAUUCCUGUGAAAUGGUCGCGCAAACAAAUUCUGGUAUUGAAACCGAUUCACAAGUUUUUAAAGGGAGUUCUUCGUCUGAAUUAUCAGUGGAAGCAGGAUUUCUAAGCUCUCAAAAUGAUAGUUUUUCACCAAACAGCUGUGUGAAAAUGAAACGUACCCUUUCUGAUGCUGAGACGCCCACCAUUGAUGCAAAACAAAUGAAAUUGAAUUCUUCGCCACAUAGAACGCCACAAAAAGACAAUGUCAGCACGAAACUCUAUAAUCGUUUCAAAGAGAAGUUGGAAGCGUUUAAAAGUGGAAAGAAAGACAAAAGCAAAAGUCCAAGCGAAUAUUCAAUACAAACUAUAGAAAAGAUUAUAGUUCCUGAAAGGGAAAAUGAUGAGUUAUUGAAAUCUACCCAAUCAAUUGACAUUGAGAUGGAUGGAAGAGAGAAUUUUGAGUCUAAAAAUGAUGAAAUAACGAAUUGUGAAGAAAAUAUGGAAGUUAAAUCAAAUAAUAUCGAUAGUUAUGAAAACAAAAAUCAGGAUUUAAAAAAUGAUGGACAAUUAAGGGUAUUAAAUGAAAGAAAAAAUGAAGCUACGGCUACAGAGAAAAUUGAUUGUGAUGUAGAAAAUUAUGUACUUGUUGAAAAAAUUGUGUCUGAUGAUAAUGAACUGGAACAUUGUGUUGAAGCUGAUGACAAUCAAAAUAAAAGUGUUGAUGUCGAUAGUCAACCAGUGGAAUUGGACAGUGGUAUCCCGUCGGGUGAUGAGGCCAGUAGAAAGUCAUUGUUAGUCGAUCUCAGUGUUGAAAACUUGGAAAGAUCUUUCAGUAGAUGGAGGAUUGAAUUGGAGACUGAAGAAGAGGCAAGAGCAAAAACAUUGGUUCGUUUUCGAGCAAUCAUCGAUCCCAGCAAGAAUGAGUUGGCUGAAAAGGAACUUUCUAGAGAAAUAACCAAGGAUAUGUUUCAAAAGAUGGAAGUAAUCGGCCAAUUCAAUUUGGGGUUCAUUAUAGCAAAGUUGAAAUCUGAUCUGUUCAUAGUAGAUCAACAUGCCACUGACGAAAAAUACAAUUUUGAAACUCUUCAAAAAACUACGACCCUAACCAACCAAAAACUUGUCAUACCUCAAAAGUUGGAAUUGACGGCCGUGAAUGAAGGAAUUCUAAUUGACAAUUUGGAAAUAUUCAACGCCAAUGGAUUCGAGUUUAAAAUUGAUGACAAAGCCAAUCCAACGGAAAGAAUAUCUUUGGUGGCAAUACCGAUGAGUAAAAACUGGACUUUCGGCAAAGAGGAUGUUGAUGAGCUGCUCUUCAUGCUUCAGGACUCGCCUCACACUCUGUGCAGACCGUCUCGUGUGAGAGCCAUGUUUGCUUCUAGAGCUUGCCGGAAGUCAGUGAUGAUAGGCAUGCCACUCAACACCAGUCACAUGAAGUCGUUACUUUUGCAUAUGGCAGAAAUCGAGCAACCAUGGAAUUGUCCACAUGGGCGACCAACUAUGAGGCAUUUAGUGAACUUGGACCUGUAUAGAUAAUACCUGAUCCGCAUUUUAUGGCCUCUUCAUUUUGCUACAGAUUGUAAUCUUAUUUGUAGAAUAUAAUCGGCUCGGUCUCGACAGAAUCGCAAGAUCGGCUUGGGGUAUUCUGUAAAUAUUUGGUUUUUGUGAUCUUAGUCAUCAUAAUGACCAAAUGAAACCAUGACUAAAUGAAAACAAGUGAGUGUUUGGGAGACUCAAUCUAACUAAAGAUAACAGUGGUGCAUAUUUUACUUUAAAAAUAUAAUAUUAUGUAAUUAAUCUCA